CUGACUCAACUGCAAUCUCAGCCACUUGUCCCCAGCUUCACUUUGCAGCCAUCCUGCCUGCCUGGUGCUCCUCUUACUUUGUUCUCCUCCAGCCAUAGAGCCCCGGCCAUAAUCGCACCACGACCCGGUAGUCCCGUGUCUGGAUCUUUGUCCUUGCCCUUGGCCACUUCCUGCCUCCUCCCUGGCAGUCCUAUGGGACCCCAGCAACAAGCUCAAAUGUCCCGGCAGACGCCACCGACCAGCGUUACUUUUAGUCUUAAUCUGGCUGGUCCUUCGCCAACAGGCUUGAUCGCUCAGCCGGGAGGCCACGUCUUGGCGCCAAUCAGCUCUACUACUUGCACCUCGGUUACCAAUGCUACAGCUGUUUGCGCCCCCGGCGUCUCCACCACCCAGCUAUUGACAUCAGGACUACCCCAACAUGCAACCGUUUUCAGCUUGGCUAAUCACCAGUCCUCGCCGCAAACACAGCAACUGCACCAACAGCCUGUUUCUCUGGCUACUGCAUCACCCUGCCCCACUGGCACUGUUGCAAUCGCCUUAUCACAUAAUUUGCCUCCAAAUUGUCUUACCACCCCUCAGGGCCACCUUGUCACUAGCACCAGCAGUUUGCGGGGUGGGGUCCAUCCGGGACCUACACUUCUCGUCCCACUUGCGCCGGCAGCCGCUCAGUCGCUUCAUUCUGUUGUCCAGUUACAAACUCUUCAGUCGACCUCUCUUCCUGUUGGUCUUGCAUCUUUGCCCUCGGAACCACUUGCUACUGCUGCCGGCUCAGGCGUUGGGCCGGCACGAUUUCUCAUUGCUGAGCCUGCCUCUACCGUUAGUCUCUUGCCCCAUCUCUCCCAACAACAGCCGCUGACCGCCUCACUCGGUCACGUCAUUGCUCCUAGUAUCGGCCCAUUUCUUGCUAGUCAGGGGCCGACGUGUUUUCCUGGCCCUCGAAUGGCUGGAGGACAACAAAUGUUUAGAUUCAAGUGA